AAGCGCCCGCCAUGGCGCCCCAGCGGCCCAUCCUCACGUGCGUGCUGGCGGCCGCGGUGGUGGCCCUGUGCCGCAGGGGCGCCGGCUUCGUGGGCUCGCCCACGCCCGCCUGCCAGCGCGGCGAGCGCGUGGCCGCGCGCGUGAGCGCGGAGUACCUGGAGCGCUGCGGGCCGAAGGACGCGGAUGUGGCGUUCGACGCCUCGGCCGCCAUUGGUCCGGGCCCCACCGUCACCUACAAGAAGCGCCCCUUCGGCAUCCUGCGCUACCAGCCGGGCAACGGCAUGAAGGGCGCGAUGGCCAUGGAGGUGAUGCCGGUGUCCCGGCACCCUGGGGACCCUCAGGGCCAGGCGUUCUCCGCCGGCGUGUCGGGCGGCACGGUGGUGAAGCCCAUCGUCGGCGCGGAGGUGUUGACGGAGGACUUCGGCAAGAUCAUGGACCGGCCCGACGACGAGGUGGCCGACCCGCGCUUCUCGAAGUCCACCGCGCUCGCCCUGGAGAAGUUGGGGAGGAAGGUGGUCUACGCGACCGUGCCGGGCUACGUGUACGCGGGCGCCGAGAUGAAGGCGGACGGCCAGGAGCACGAGCUCCGGGCGUACGCCUACGUCGACUGGCCCGCCGCUGCUCCUGGCCGGCACCGCGGCUACCGCUGCCGCGACCAGCGACGCCAGCACUUCCACGACGACUGCCACGACCGCGGCUACGACGGCUACGUCCCAUCCCACGACCAG